UGUAAAAUGUUUGGGUGACUUCUGCUUUCAACAAAAAUGACAAGCCACAAGAUAGGAGUGAAUCUCCGAGUGUCUGUAAGUUGUGAUCAAGGAGGAAGAAGGUAUAUGGAAGAUACCCAUUCGUCGCAAUUCAUUAAAUGCGGCGGAAAGGAAUAUGAAUUCGCAUACUUUGGCAUAUUCGAUGGACAUGGCGGAGCCGAGGCCUCCAAAUUUGCACGAGAAAAUUUACUGGAUGAAAUAACAAAAUAUGAUUGCUUUUGGAGCGACGACGACGAAGAUGUCAUGUAUGCGAUAAAAUAUGGAUUUCUGGACACACAUUAUGCAAUGUGGAAGGAGCUGGAAAGAUGGCCAAAAACUGUAAAGGGUUUGCCAAACACAUCAGGAACCACAGCCAGCAUUGCCAUUAUCAAGAAUUCAAAGAUAUACAUCGGUCAUGUUGGGGAUUCAGGAAUUGUUCUUGGUUGUAAUGAGGCAAAUCAAAGUAGUAAUUAUCCUGCAAUACAUGCAAGUGCCAAGUGUUUAACAAAGGAUCACAAACCUGAGAGUCCUGAAGAAAAGUCUCGUAUUGAGGAAAGUGGCGGAGCGGUGAUGUGCAAAUCAGGAGUGCAGCGGGUGGUUUGGCGGAGACCCACGCUUAAUCACAAGGGACCAAUCCGGCGAAGCACACACAUUGAUGAGAUUCCAUUUUUGGCAGUUGCCAGAUCAUUGGGUGAUCUGUGGAGCUAUGAUUACUACAAUGAGAAGUUUGUUGUCUCCCCUGAACCAGAUGUGUCGGUUCAUCGACUGGAUGCAAAUAAACACAAAUGUUUAAUCUUUGCAUCGGAUGGACUGUGGAACAUGGUGUCGCCAGAAGAGUCAGUAACCUUGGUGAUGAACUUGGAACGGCACUUCGAAGAACGCAUCAUCCAUGAUUUGUCUGCUUCUCUGAGCUAUUGGAUCAACCCUGCUGAACGCCUAGUGACUCGCGCUCUCAACAAGUGGCAGUCCCGGCUCAUGAAGGCUGAUAACACUAGUGCUAUUGUAGUCUACAUUGAUCCCCUCGGUCCCAGCAAGCUGACACUGCUGAAGAAGAAACGUGAGGAAGCCUGCAUGAAAAAACAGAUCGGUGCAUCCAUUUUGAUGAGUAGUACAAGUUUGCCUGUGGGUUGUAGUUCUGGCUUGAAAAUUGACACUAACGGUGACAAACCUGCCAUCCCUGUGAUUUCUACCAUGCAAACUGAUUGUGAUAAACUAAAACAGUCUACUGCAGUCGAUGCCCCAUCCAAGUUGACUGAUGUCCAGAGUAGUAAUGUGAAGGAUAUUCCAAGUGAACAUAGUAAAGCACUCACUCGGUCGCAGCUCGAUAACAGCGUACAAGCUGGGAGUGCUCCGUCUCAAGGGUUAUCGCCUUUGGUAUCUUCCUCUUCUUUUACUUCCAGCACUGCAAGUCUGCAAGACGUGGUCGGUUUUUCAAAGUUCAAUGCUUUAAAGUUAGAUGUAAAGUCUGAAGAGAAUGGCUUUUCGACAAAGGAUGGGAAUUCUACCUCGAAUCAAAAGUCACAGAACAACCUAUGCUCAGGAAUUUUACAAACAACGAGAGACAACGCACAUGUCAACAACAAGAAAAAUCAGUCUGCUCGGAAGGGCAUCAGCGAUAAUUUUGGACACAUUUUCAAGUCGACAAAACCAUUUCUUUCGCUGGAAAAGGUGCUCAACCUAAAGUGUGGUGUUUUUCACAAAAAGAACAAGAACGUCCACUGCAAGAAGGAUUCGGUUGUGAUGUCGCAGGGAGGCAAAGAUACAAACAAUUCCAGCUUGUACAAGACUAAUGGCCACCACUUACGCUCGGACAUGUCGUCUGGGUAUGCCAAGAAAACAUGCAAGACACUCCACCGGGUGAAAGGUGCCGCUAGGAGGGCCAUGUCCCUGGAGAACAGUGUGUUCGUCCGCAGGAGGAACAACUCCAGACUGACCCGUUUAAAACGCAAGUCGGCUGAUGAUGUCCUCAAUGGACCUGUAUCGAAGAGAUUACGCAAAUGUGAUGGAUGAUGAUAGACAGUCUAGGAGGAUUUUUAACAAAUAUUCCAAGUUAUUGCUGUCGGAACAUAAAAAUCUAUUUUAAAAUAUACCUGUAUAUUUUGUUGACAUCGUUGUUAAAUAUGGAUAAAAAUUUAACUUAUUUUUAGAUUUUUAACAAAACCUUGUAAUAAUUUGUACACCCUAAUAUGAAAUACCGCUGUGACUAAGGCUUUGAGUGUGUCAUUUGAUCAUUUCCAUGUUAGUGUAUUUACAUCUGCUAAGAGAAAUCGAAUAGUAGUGCAAGUCUGUAUAUUUUUUAGAAUUUUAAUCUGUUCAUUUCACCAUUUUGAACAAAAAGAUUGUAUGAAUUUGCAUGUAUGAUGAAAAAAACAGGCGAAAGUUGAAUACAACGUACAGUAUACAUAUAUAUUUUAUUUUGGGUGGGAGGAGUGAGAGUGUAGAGCUCGCCUUUUUAAGGCACUUGCUGUAAUUCUUACAAAUACAACCAGGGUUUCUGCCAGAGGGUGAAACGGGUAUGGGGCCAUACACAAAGUUUUUGGCAGAUGUUUUUUGUUUUUUUUACAAAAUUAUCAUUAUUGUAUGAUUUUUUUAACCUUAACCCUAAACAUAACCCAUUUUUAUUCUGGGAGAGGCCCCCCAUACCCCCGUUGAGUAGUUGCAUUCAAUUCCAUAGCGCCAAACCCAAAAAUUUCUUUCUGGCAGAAGCACUGACGACAUUGUUGGCUAAUUGAACAGUUUACUGUUUAAAUAUUAUGCUGCUUGCAGUGUCAUACUUGAUACAGUUGCUUUUCCGUAAGCCCGUAUUAAGAUGUAAGUGUAUUGACGACCAAAAUGUAGCCUACAUGUGUACAUGUAUGUGGCUUUAAAAUGUUUUUUAUGAGCCAUUGAACAAUUUUAUUUCAUAAUAAUGCAUAAUUUAAAUGGAUUUUAUUGAUACCUGUUCAUGUCCUUGUUCUUUAACAUUUGAUGAAAGGCUUAAAGUAACCCACUUUUUUUUUCCAUGACCCUGCAAAGUUUUUCCGAUUUGUUUUGUUUAUAUGUCUAAUGAAAUUUUCAUCUCCAUAAUAAGAAUAGACCAUUUUCAUCUUAACCAGUAGUCCUGUAACAUUUCAUGUGCCUGUAUUACAUAUGAAUUGAAGCAGAUCUGUGUUUUGUUAAAAUUGAAUUAUGAAAGCCAUUUGUAAAGUCCUAUAGGUAUGCCACAUUAUCCAUCAAAUUGCAGGAUUUUGAGCAGACUGUUGUAUGUUACUUACUGGUAUUUAAAGCAAAGCUAGCUGAUUCCAUUAAGUUGCCAUGAAAAGCACUUCAUUCAAAAUGGAUUUGCAUGAACACUUAAUGUUCGUGAAUAGUCUGCUAUAUCAGAUAUUUUUACGUUCAUUUUAUAUUUUCAUAGUACGUAUCACACACUAUUGUGCAAUAAUAUAAGGAAUAUUUUUAAACCUGUUUGUGUCUACACAGUUGGUGCAUUGAGAAUUUGGACAAAUCUAAACAUGUCAGUUCAUCAUGGAAUCUUCAUAAUUGAUCACAUUGAGAUCACCUCUUGAGUGGCAGCAUGUUUUAUCCUAUCUUUACGUAACACAGAUGAUACUAAUAGCCAAAUAUCACAAGUCGUUUGUAGUACUGCCCACAGCUGUUUUAUUUACUUGGUUUUUACUUUUAAUGUAAGAAAGCUAUUUUAAAUUAAUUUUUAGAUUAACAUUUGUAUGCAAUUAACACACGGGAGUUUUAAUCUUUAUAAUAUAGUGUCAUCAUAUUACUCAAGUCUGACUGCUCUGGUAACUAGUAAAAGUUGAUAUCUCACUGAGGUUUCUACUACUUCAUUCUGUUCUGGAUAUGUGUGUAAUAAAUGUAACAGAACUGAUGCCUGCAAUGACAGAAUUAUACAUGUAUUUAAAAUGUGAGAAAAUUGUUAAGGGUGCAAUAUAUGUAAUGAUGUACAAUUUAUCGCAAGUGCGGAUACAUGUAGUGUUGGGUUUUACAAUUUAUUAUUUAAAACCCAUUCCCAAAAACAGAUAGAUUAUGAACUCGAGGUGAUUAUUAUUGACAUUGUAGGAGUUUCAAGUAGUGCUAUCAAGCAGUAGAUAUUUCUUUUUAGUUGUAGUGUUUACUUCCUUGUUGUUAUAGAACGUUGCAUAGAGACUGAAUUUGUACAAGUUGUAAAGAGUAGUUCCUAUAUAUAAAAAAAAAACAUUGUAGUGUUAAUACAAGAGUACUAUUAAAGGUUUGCAUUUUAUAUAUAUAUAUACAGUGGAACCUGCCAAAGAUUAAUUAUAAUUGAAAAUUGAUUGCUUGGUCUCUCAUGGCAUGGCGAUUGAUUGUAAAAAGAUCUUUAAUCAAUUGUUACAAAAAAUGUUAACUGUACUUGGCAUACAGUUUAUGAGGUGGAGCAGCAAUAAAGGAAACAUAUCAAGUACUGGUAGGUAGUAAAUGUAAAAUAUAAAAGUCGAGCCUGGUUUGAACAAGACUAGAUGCAUGGUUCUAAUAAUUAAAAUCUUUCCCAAGUUCAUAUAAUCCUAACUAAUUGUACAAUCAAACGUUGGUCGGUUACUGCAAACUGAUUAUAAUCAGUGAUCAAAUUGCAACCAGUUUUCAUCACUAGUAAUUUUUAAUGGUUCAGUGAAAGUAGAUUAAUUGAUGGGAAAAAUGGGCAGUUUUAACAAGAAUCUGGUUUAUACAGGUUCCAUUGUAUAUAUAGCUGUGGGUUGGUUUACCGUUUAAUUUCCUGGCAUAAUAGUCAGACUAAUGAGAUAGUUGGUUUGUUAAAAAAGGGUUAUUAUAGUGUUGGUCGUUAAAUUUUGUGAAUCCAUCCAGUGACAAAACCCAAAACUGAUGAAAUAAUAGGAUUUGUUUUUACUAUGGGCUGGGUUGGGGGGAGGAUUUAAGUUUCAGGAAAUUAAAUGGAACGUCAUGUAUUCCAUUUGAAUACAUGUAUAGUACAAUGAUUUCCUUUGUAUUAUUUUUUUAUGAUGUCCUUGGCCCAAGUUGCAGUAAGAAGAUAAAUAUCUUUCGUUUCUGUUUUCAGAAAACAGGCAAUUUAACCAUAAUUUAUAUUAUGUACUGUAUGUUGUACUAUUUAUUCUCUAUUUAUCUAUAUUUCUCUGUACAAGGACGGACUGAGGUCUGGUGUUACAGCAUGCACAACAUUAAUCAUGGCAUUCUGGAAAUCUGGGGUCACUAUUUUUAAUGCAUGUUGGUCAUACUACCUUUACAUCUGUACGUCAGUUUGCAAAACUAACAGGAAUUGAUUGUAAAUAUGGUUUAUAUUCUCAAGUAAAAUAGUACAAAAUGUU